AUGGCUCCUCGUUAUACAGAUAUCUCUACACGUGCCGCUAUUCUCACUUUAAAGUCCCGCUUUGUGGGUAGAUCAACGAGUCAGAUUAGUGAGAUCCUAGGCAUCUCCCCACGCACUAUCAACUCUAUCUAUAGCCGUGCCUGCCAGCGAGGCUUUGAGCCAAAUGGACCAACCUUAAAGAUUCUUCCUGAAUAUGUUGAGGAUGCUCCUCGCUCAGGCCGCCCACGCAAGCAAGAGGCUAUCCAUGAAGCUACUGUUGAGAAAUCUCUACGGUCACGACGUCUCUUCUACCACGGUGUGGAGAGUCCUCAAGGCAGCAGGAUACAAGAAGACCAAGCCGACGAGGAAGCCUGGGUUGACGAAGAAGAUGAGACAAGAUAG